CGUUAGUUCAACAACACAACUCUAUCCUGAGGGGCAUGGGAAAUCUUCACAAUGGGAAUGGCCCCAUCAUGCUUUUACAUUGUUUUCAGGUAAAAGCUGUUUGACUUGGUUUAUUUGUCUGCCCUGUAUAUUGUAUUUAAAAAAUACUAAUCUGUGCAAAGACGGAUAAAGGUCCUGCAUUGCUCAGACUGCAAUAAAAAAAGCUGGGUCCUGCACUAUGGCCACAUUGCAUGUUAAAGUGGAAGACAGCCAUUUUGCCAUUGACAAGGUCUUGCUGUCAGAGAACUGUGAGUAUUUCCAUGCUCUCUUCGAGUCGGGGAUGCGAGAAUGCCAGCAAGAGGAAAUUCACCUGCUGGGGUUAAGUGCCAAAGGGUUUGAUAUCGUGCUUAAGGUCCUGGGAGGGAAAAGACCUGCUCUGGACUGUGAUGAAAUCAUUGAGGCCAUAGAAUGUGCCGCGUUUUUACAAGUGAAGUCGCUUGUCAAACAUCUAAUUAAUUUAGUUAAUUCCAAUAACUGCAUUGAGAUGUAUCACGCUGCCUCCACGUAUGGCCUGCUGGAUCUGUACCACAGAUGUGCUCUGUUCAUUAGGGACAUGUAUUCGGAUUUAAAAGAAGCUUUGGAAUGUCUUCCCGUGGAUCUUCUGGACUAUAUUGACUCUCUCGUUCCCAGUACAUUUAUUGCUGUUGGGGCCUAUUCACCCACCUUUGUGCAAGAUUCCUUGAGGUCUGUUUGCUAUUUGGAUGAAGACAGCAAGACGUGGAAAACCUUAACUGAUUUGCCAGCUGAAGCAAGCACUGCCCUGGCAGGCGUCACUGUCUUAGACAACAAGCUGUACAUCGUCGGAGGGGUCUAUGGUGUCAGCAAGCAGGCGGUGGAGUUAAGUUUCUGUUACGAUCCUGAAAGAAAUACCUGGAGCCACUUUUCCAGCCCUCAGCAGCUUCGCUACAACCUGACGUUGAUGGGACACAACGGUUACCUUUACGCAAUAGGAGGAGAGUAUGACAGAAGGAUUAUUUCGUCAGUGGAGAGAUACCACGUCUCAACAGACACGUGGUCUUUUGUCUCGCCCCUGCCACGGCCUGCCGCUGGGGCUGCGUGUGCCCAGGCGAUGGGAAGGAUGUUUGUUUGCUUGUGGAAGCCAAUUGACACAACAGACAUUUAUGAGUACGACCCUGAUAGAGAUCAGUGGCUCCUCAUAACGACUUUAAUAAGGCCACAGAGUUAUGGACACUAUAUGGUGGCCCAUAGGGACAACCUUUACGUGAUGCGGAACGGCCCCUCUGAUGAUUUUUUGAGAUGUAUGAUAGACUGUUUUAAUAUUACCACCCUGCAAUGGACGGUGAUGGCCGGGCAGUAUGUGAACAGCAAAGGCGCCCUGUUCACAUCUGCGGUCAAGGGGGAUUCUGUGUUCACAGUAAACCGAAUGCUGACCCUUGUUUAUUCUGUGGAGGAGAAAAUGUGGAAACCCAAGAAAGAAAUGCAGGGCUAUCGAUGGUGCGGCUCCUUGCUGACAUGCUUCUUGAGACUACCAAAGACGAGCAGUGAUGACCUUUCCACUGACUGUAUAAUCCACACAGGUCAGCAAGAGCCAGAGGAUAUCAAAACCUAAUGUGAGCUGGACCUGAACACAGCCACUAUGUACUGUCCCAUCCUCUUUCUGGUGCACCAGGGCUUCUGAAGUUACAAUAUGAAACAGCAUCCCUGACAAACAGAAAAUACACGGACUGGGUUUAGAAAGGAGGUUUGACGUCACCUGCCUGUAUGAAAGGCAAGACUGAAAGCGAAGCACGAAAAGCAAACAAAAUAUCAAAAACUGCCAUUUCAGUUAAGGCUUCUAGCACUUCAGAAUAACUAGAUGGUCAGACAGGCUUCAGUCUACUUGGGUUAACCAAGGACACAUGUUUCUGAAAAUCACAGAUAUCAGAUAUAAAUGAAGUAGUGCAGUCAUCUUUUUUUAAAGGAUGUUGCUUGUUUUCCAAACAACAAAGCUGUUAUCUCCAAAACACAUUUACUUUCCAAUAGCCCUGUGUAGAGACAUAUUGCUGAUUAAUCCUAUAGCACUUUUCUUAAACCCCUGUGUGAAAAUUGAAAUGUCUGAAAUGUUUCAAUUUAUUCCCCACAACACUCUCUCCUGAUUGACUCCUGAACUGUUUGGUUUUUUGUAGGCGACGACGGAGGCACGUGUUUCCCACUGCUGUGCUCAGUGGCUUCUUCAGGUUUUUUUUUGUGUGUGUAUUGGCUUGUGUAGAUUGUUUGAUACAUGUCUCCCUGUACUCUCUGUGAACACGGAAACAAAUGUACCAAACACUUAGGCCAUUAAAACGUCUUUCCUGUUUUGAUAACCAACACCCCAUUUUAUAAACCACAGGUCCCUGGAGUCGACAUUCCAGAAAAAAUCCAGUCUGAUUUCAGUGGCAGGGUGUAAAGUCUCUGCAAUUACCAGAGCACUUUGGCAACGAUUCUCUUUCAGUGUUCAAUGUGUGAUGUUAGUUGCAUUGGUCCAGAGGUAAACACUGCUGCAGUUGAAUUAUUUUAUUGGACCAACAUAGAAGUUGAAAAUACACAAACUUGCAGGUGCAAAGUGGAUUUGAGAAGAGCUAGUGUAGAAGAAAAUAAAGAUGUUAUUUGGUUGUGCUUCCUUUCUGCAAAAACAAAAUGGUCCAAGGGCCUGGUUAACUGGUCAGUUGUGGUGUUAGGUUUCCUUUAUUGCACUACCAGUCUGCUGUUUUCAUUUCCUAGACCUGUCUGUAGGUCUGCAAUAUCGCAGAGUCUAAAGUGCAAGAGCUUUUACCUGUAGGAGUUAUUGCAUUUGAUGUACUGUACAUUUCUUUGCUAGUUCCUUGCUAAUAAAUCAUUUGCU